AUUUCCGCCCCAGCUCUGUGCGUGAUUUUUUUUCAUCGGGAAAAGAUGGCGGCCGCACAGUUAACUGAUGAAGAGCUUUUCUCAGAGUUAAAGCGCCUGGGGUUCACUCCCGGUCCGGUAUCCGAGAACACACGGCCCGUUUAUCUGAAAAAGCUCAAGAAGCUACGCGAGGAUCAGCAGCGGCGGGGAUCCAGGUCCGUAAAAACUCGCAACAGCAGCAGCAUCAACAGCGGCGGUGGCAACAGAGCGGCGGGAGCUGCAGUGCUGGUGGCUAGGCCAGUCGGUAAUGACGGCACGUAUCUGGGACCCAGCAGGAGCCCGGGCGGCCGUCCGGCUCUGAACGAAAAGCGCUCCGUCGGAGUGAGCAAGUUUGUUUUGGGCUUCAGUUCUGACGAAUCGGAUGUUGAAAGCAACCAGAAGAAAGGAGGCCCGCAGCCCAGCAGCAGGAGGGACCACGGAUCCGGACAUCAGCAGCCGCCACUAAGGCCUAUAGCAACACCCACAGCCGCUCGCAGGAGCCUGGGAGGCGGUGUGAGUAGCAGCAGCCGCACUAGUCCCUCCCUCGGUCUGUCGGAGGCGAGGAGAGGCGCCUUGGUGUCUCCUUGGUGGGCUGAUCGGGAGAAAUCGAGCAGUGGGGGGUCCCAACGUAACGAGGAAGUGGGAGGCGGUUGCGAGGAAACAGAGGAAGACGAUUAUGACGAGGAAGAAGCGGAAAGGGAGACUCGGGCUCUGAACGGCAGUGGAGCUUCCUACCCGCUGAACCGCAGCAAACUCGCGGACGAUUAUUCCGACUCGGAGGAGGAGGAAGAGGACGCGUCGCCGAAGGUAAUCGGAAAGGGAAAGCUCGAUCGGCGACUACCUUCCAGACGAAGCCAGCCGAAAGCGCUACCAUCCUUCCUCAGCGGUGCCCGGGGGGCCCAGGAGGGAGAGGAGCGGCGAGGAGGUGCGUUUGGAGCAAAUGACCAGCCGGCGGGAGACUUUCCGGAGGAGGAAGAGGACGACAGAAACGCGAGCACGGGCGAGUCGGUACUGAGCGGCGGCUUGCGGAGCCGCGGAUACCCGUGGAGGUCGGCGAUUAUGCGCGAGAGCGUCGCGGAUGGCGGUACCAGCGCCCCCCCUGCGUACAACAAUAACCACGUCGACAGUGGGAACGGAGGCGGCGGCACCAGCGGCCGGUUCAGUAUCGGCUUAAAACCACGGUUCUCUACAUACAACAGCCUCCUGGCGGCUUACCCGUCCAAUCACUCCAACCACGCGGGCCCGAACAAUGCGUACGGCCAGGCCAGGCCGAAGCAGACCGUCGCGGUCCCAGAAGAGGAGCUGCUCCAGCAGUUUAAGAGAGAGGAGGUGUCGGCCACGGGCGGCUUUAGCGCGCACUAUCUGUCCAUGUUCCUGCUCACGGCAGCGUGCCUCUUCUUCCUGCUGCUCGGGCUCAUGUACCUGCGAAUGCGCGGAUCCGGCGGAUCGGAUGAGGAUGUCGUCAUCAAGCAGCAUCCCUUUGGCCCUGAAUUUGACAGUGCUUAUGAAAGCAAAGAAAAAGACAUGAUUCUCAAGGUCCUGCUGCACCUGCACGACCAUCUGGCUGUAAUUGCUGGCGAACAUGACUGCGGGGACCACAGCCGCUACCCCAACAGAAGUCUUCUGGUCAGUGAGGCAUCCGAGUACUUAAUGCUCCAUGGCCCAGAAUACGAGGACUUCUUUGCCACGUCUCUGGAGUGGGUCAUCAAAUCCGGAGAGGACGUUGGCAUCAGGUUGAUUGGCAGAGACCCGGAGGAGCUGGUGACGGACUUCUCGGACGUCUCGCUCCUGGAGUCCACUCACCCCAAAAUGUCCUUCAUCUGCCGCUUCCGCCGGGCCUUCCUCACGGUCAUCCACAGAAUCCUGCUCGGCAUGGCGGGCGUGGCAGCAGUGCUGGGCCUGGCCUACUUCAUGAAGUACCGCUGGAGGAAGGCGGAGGAGGAGACCAGACAGAUGUACGACAUGGUGGAGAGGAUCAUCGACGUGCUGAGGAGCCACAGUGAGGCGUCUCAGGAGAACAGAGAUCUGCAGCCCUACCUGCCCAUCCCCCACGUGCGUGACUCCCUGGUGCAUCCCCAGGAAAGGAAGAAGAUGAAGAAGGUGUGGGAGAGGGCGGUGGCUUUCCUCUCUGCCAACGAAUCGCGGAUCCGCACCGAAACCCAGAGGGUGGGUGGGGCCGACUUCCUGGUCUGGAGGUGGAUUCAGCCCUCGUUGCCCGGCGACAAGAUGUCGGCCAUCCCUUCCAAGGUCUGGCAGGGCAAAGCUUUCCCGCUGGACAGGAGGAACUCUCCACCCAACAGCCUGACCCCCUGUCUGAAGAUCCGGAACAUGUUCGACCCCAUAAUGGAGGUGGGGGAGAACUGGCACCUGGCCAUCCACGAGGCCAUUCUGGAGAAGUGCAGCGACAACGACGGCAUCGUCCAUAUCGCCGUCGACAAGAAUUCUCGCGAGGGCUGUGUGUACGUCAAGUGUCUGUCUGCAGAGCACUCUGGGAAGGCUUUCAAAGCUCUCCACGGCUCCUGGUUUGAUGGCAAGCUGGUGACGGUGAAGUACCUGCGCUUGGACCGGUACCACCAGCGCUUCCCGCAGGCUGAUGGCUGCAUUACACCCCUGAAGCCGUCCAGCAAACUCAUGAACACCAUGGCCCACCUCCGCCAUCGCUCCAGCCCAGCCAGCAAGCUGGGCCCCUCCUGAGAGCGCCCCCUGCAGGGCUGGUGAGCGCAUCGCCCUCUACCCUCGCCCCCCGACAAACUGCUCUUCCUGGGGCUGCUCAAUUACAGAUGUAAGGGUGGCGACUUGGGACACAUUUCCCUUGAUAUUUUUUUAUAAACGCAGAAUUAAAAGGUGAAUUUUCAGACCACUUGCCCACCUUGGGAGGGGUUAUGGUUGGGGUGGGGGUG